UGGGCUACAGGCCCACCGACAAAAUGGCGGCCCGGAACUGAACCCCGAAAAAGGGGGGGUGGAAAAGAAAUUGCGGGGGGAGGGGACGAGCUGCUGCCAUUAACGCAGGGGACCGGAGUCUUGUAGGCAUUGUAGGGACGUGCAGACGCCCACCUGAAAAUCCCGGAUUUGAGGCGCUGUCACCGCCGCCUCUCCUCCAGGUUGGCUGAUCAAGGUCUGGAUGAAUGUUUGUACUACUGGAACCAAGGUCAACAAGGAAUUUUUAAGUUUCCAUCCAAUUUACUUUUGAGUAUAUUGAAGGUACAUCUUUGUUAGAGGUUAUACGGUUUCAUGAAGAGAAGUGAGAAGCCAGAAGGAUAUAGACAGAUGAGGCCUAAAACUUUUCCUGCCAGUAAUUACACUGGCAGCAGUCGACAAAUGUUACAAGAAAUAAGAGAAAGUCUUAGAAAUUUGCCAAAACCUUCUGAUGCUGUAAAAGUUGAGCAAAAUAUUGGUAAAAUAUCAGCUGAAGAUCCCAGACAAGGUCGAAAUCCUCCUAAAUUUGUGACCUACCAUAAAGCUUUACAAGAAAUCCGAAAUUCUCUGCUUCCUUUUGCAAAUGAAACAAGUUCUUCAGCAAGAGGAACAUCUGAAGUGAAUCGACAGAUGUUGCAAGAUCUACAAGCUGCUGGAUUUGAUGAGGAUAUGGUCAUACAAGCUCUAAGACAAACCAACAGCCGCAGCAUAGAAGCAGCAAUUGAAUUCAUAAGUAAAUUGAGUUAUCAAGAUCCUCGGCGUGAACAAAUGGCAGCUGCAGCAGCUAGACCAGUUAAUGCAGGCACAAAACCACCAGCAGGAGGAGUACAACAAUCGGUUAACCGCAGACAGAGCUGGAAAGGUUCUAAAGAAUCCUUGGUGCCUCAGCGACAUGGUUCUGCACUGGGAGAUGGCCUCCCUUUUCAUUCAGAAAGUCCUAUUUCUCAGGCUGAUGUAGGAAGACCCUUAUCUGGCUCUGGAAUUACAGCAUUUGUUCAGGCUCAUCCUGGCAAUGGCCAGAGAGUGAAUCCACUACCUCCACCUCAAGUAAGGAGUGUUACCCCUCCACCACCACCUCCAAGAGGAACUACUCCACCGCCAAGAGGAACUACUCCACCUCCUUCUUCCUGGGAAACAAAUUCUCAAACAAAACGGUAUUCUGGUAACAUGGAAUAUAUGAUCUCUCGUAUUUCUCCAGUACCACCAGGAGCAUGGCAGGACGGUUAUCCUCCCCAAUCUAUGAAUCCAUCAUCUAUGAAUCCUCCUACACAGGGACAAAGAGGCAUUAGUUCUGUUCCUGUUGGCAGGCAACCAAUAAUAAUGCAGAGUUCGGUUAACAGCAAAUUUAGCUUUUCUUCUGGAAGGGCUGGCAUACAAAAUGGCAAUUGUCAGACUGAUUAUAUUGUUCAUCAAAAUAUUGUGCCUGGAAACUCAUCAAAUCGUCAACCACCUCCCUACCCAAUGUCUCCACCAAACCGGCAAAGCCCUACACCUUUGCAGAUGCAAGCAGGGGGACCUGUAGCCCAUUCAUCACAUCCUAGUGGGAACAUUCCUCAAUCUGUGAUGGUACCAAACAGAAACAGUCACAAUAUGGAACUGUACAACAUAAAUAUUCCUGGAAUUCCAACAUCCUGGCCCCAGUCAUCCUCUGGCAAUGGACAUGAAAUCUCAGCAUGGCAGUCCAAUAUUCCAGUAAGGUCAAAUUCUUUCAACAACCCUCUUGGAAACAGACAAAGUCAUGCCACUAAUUCACAACCUUCUGCCACCACAGUAACUGCUGUUACUCCUGCUCCUAUACAGCAACCAGUAAAAAGCAUGCGUGUAUUAAAACCAGAGCUUCAAACUGCUUUAGCUCCUACUCACCCAUCUUGGAUUUCCCAACCAAUGCAAGCUGUCCAGACUAUCUCCUUUCCAGAUGGUCCAUGUACAAAUAUGGCAGUCAUGCCGCCUACAGCAGAAGCUCCAAAUUAUCAAGGCCCUCCACCACCUUACCCAAAACACCUUUUACACCCAAAUCCAUCUGCCACGCCAUAUGACUCUGUGACAAAACCUGGCAAAGAAGAUCAGUCCUCUUUCCCUAAAGAAGAAGAUAGUGAAAAGAAUGAAACAAGUGAGGCAAUAGAUAAAGAAAAGAAGCAAAUAACGACAUCACCUGUCCCUGUUAGAAAAAACAAGAGAGAUGAAGAAAGAAGAGAAUCUCGCAUUCAGAGCUAUUCUCCUCAGGCUUUUAAAUUCUUUAUGGAGCAACAUGUGGAAAACAUACUCAAAUCCCAUCAACAACGACUGCAUCGUAAGAAACAACUAGAAAAUGAAAUGAUGCGGGUUGGGUUAUCUCAAGAGGCCCAGGAUCAAAUGAGGAAAAUGCUAUGCCAAAAGGAGUCCAACUAUAUCCGUCUCAAAAGGGCUAAAAUGGAUAAAUCAAUGUUUGUUAAAAUUAAGACCCUUGGAAUUGGGGCAUUUGGAGAAGUCUGCUUAGCAAGAAAAGUGGAUACAAAUGCCUUAUAUGCAACAAAAACUCUACGGAAAAAGGAUGUGUUGCUUCGGAACCAGGUUGCUCAUGUCAAAGCUGAGAGGGACAUCCUUGCAGAGGCUGAUAAUGAGUGGGUAGUUCGUUUGUACUAUUCAUUCCAAGAUAAGGACAAUUUGUACUUCGUAAUGGACUAUAUUCCAGGAGGAGAUAUGAUGAGCCUCUUAAUUCGAAUGGGGGUCUUCCCAGAAAAUAUGGCCCGGUUCUACAUAGCAGAACUGACCUGCGCAGUUGAAAGUGUUCAUAAGAUGGGCUUCAUUCAUAGGGACAUAAAACCUGAUAACAUUCUAAUUGAUCGUGAUGGCCACAUCAAAUUGACUGACUUUGGGCUUUGUACUGGCUUUCGGUGGACACAUGAUUCCAAAUACUACCAGAGUGGUGAUCACCCACGACAGGACAGCAUGGAUUUCAGUAAUGAAUGGGGAGAUCCAGCAAGCUGUAGAUGUGGAGACAGGCUAAAGCCACUUGAACGUAGAGCAGCACGUCAGCAUCAGCGCUGCCUUGCACAUUCGCUUGUUGGUACACCAAAUUAUAUUGCACCAGAAGUAUUGUUGCGGACAGGUUAUACUCAGCUGUGUGACUGGUGGAGUGUUGGAGUGAUUCUUUUUGAAAUGUUAGUGGGACAGCCUCCUUUCUUGGCACAAACACCAUUGGAAACACAGAUGAAGGUUAUCAAUUGGAAAACAUCCCUGCAUAUUCCACUGCAAGCAAAACUAACUCCAGAAGCAUCUGACCUUAUUAUAAAGCUCUGCCGAGGACCAGAAGACCGCUUGGGCAAGAAUGGUGCAGAUGAAAUAAAAGCACAUCCAUUUUUUAAAUCCAUUGAUUUUUCAAGUGAUCUGCGGCAGCAGCCUGCUUCCUACAUUCCUAAAAUUACACAUCCUACAGACACAUCAAAUUUUGAUCCAAUUGACCCUGAUAAAUUAUGGAGUGAGGAUAAGGAGGGGAAUGUAAAUGACACACUUAAUGGGUGGUAUAAAAAUGGCAAGCAUCCUGAACAUGCUUUUUACGAAUUCACAUUUCGAAGGUUUUUUGAUGACAAUGGUUACCCAUACAGCUAUCCAAAGCCUAUUGAAUAUGAAUACAGUAAUCCUCAUAGAUUGGAGUUGCAGUCAGAUGAAGAUGAUGAGAGAAUGGAUAGAGAGGUCCAAAAUCACGAUCUAGUUUAUAUCUAGUAGAGAAGGUGCAAUUGAACCAUUCUUUGCAAUUUCUCAGUUCUGUGCUGCAAGAAAACAUGAAAUACUAUUUCUGCACAUGUGGGGUAGAGAGAAAAGAAAGUGUGAUUAUUGUUCGAAUAGUUUUCCACUGUAAUUUUUAUGCCCACCAAAAACAAGUCCCUUUUCCAAACAUUAAUUUAUUCUAGCAUUGUUAGUAAUUAAUACAGAAAACAGUAAUGUUAGGAAAAUAAAUUAUAAAAUUAAGGUUGUUUUAUAUAGUGUUAAGUAGGAAAUAGAGACUUCUUUAGGAAAUGAUAUGCUUGUCUAUUUGUACAUAAACUACAUAAAUUCUCCCACAAUUUUGCAGUGGAAUUUUUCCCUUGUGACCGAAUAUUAUACAUGCCUGCAUUUCCUAAUCUGGCAAAUGCUUUAUCUGACUAUUCACCAUACAAAGUCCCAAUUAUAGAUGAGACUGGAGAGAGUAAACUGACCUGCUAUGGCUUCCAACUUUGGAAUAAGAAAGUAUAUGGCUGUAGUCGCAAACUCACUAAUGGGUGAACCCUCCUAAGCUUCUGUGUGAAAAUACAUAGGGUUGUUUCUUCUGACAGUAAAUGAUUUCCAUAUGCUUGCUUAUUUUAGUUCUGCUUAAUAGUUUGUGAAGCAUAACUGGGUUUGUGGUGCUAUGCAACAACUCCAAAUUGAGGCUGACUUUGGUAUGUGUGUGGGCAUGGGGAUGAAGUGAGAAUGGUCUGUCACAAACCAUAAUCAAAAAUAAACGUUGAAAGGCAUGUGUUUGUUUUCCCAUGACUUCUAAAAAUGCUUGAGUUCCUGCAAUGUUUAGUUGCUAAGAUCCUUACACUAUCCCAGUAUAGAUCAGUGAGAAAUCAAUGAGAAAUGUCAUAGUUAAUCCACCUGCAAUUCUAUUAUUAGUAUCCUGGUGCUGUAUCAUUCCAAUCCAAAGGCCUUGUUUCUAAAACAAGUUGUUACAUCCUGUGCUCCCAUAUUAACUAUUUUGGAAUGAACAUCUCUGCUUACUGGGGAUUCAAUGUUUUAAACUGAUUCUGUGAGACGUUUAAAGUUGUAGCCUCUUGUAUUUGUAUCAUAAGCAUAACAUGCUAAAUCAUGUUUAUAGUAUUCAGGCAACUUCUGUAAGAUCCGCUUGCAUCUUGACAAAGAGAGAAUACUUGCCUCUUGAAUGGAGGGUCCAUAUUUCUGAUGCAGGAAACUUACCUGUAAUUACUUUGAGCUACUGAGCAAGAUAAAUAGUGCUUACUUCCAGGACUAGCUACUUUGAAAUAAAGGAAAAUGGCAGAUCAUUUAUCUUUUGCUUGUUUUUAAGUGCAGUUUUCUCCGUUAACAGUGAGUCUAAACUUACUCAUUUUCUAAUAGAGAUGAACAAAUGAUUAAGACUUUAAGCUGCCUUUUUAAGCCUGUAUGCCAGCAUUCCUGUUUUUGAAAAAUUAGCAAGCUCAACAUUCUGAGCUUUCUGUUAUAGUAUGUAUAUAGUUCUAGGGUUCUGAAAAAUGAUUUGUUUGUCAAAUCCCCUUCCUUGCUUAAUUCUUUGCAAUGAAUUAUUUAUUAUUUAUUGUUAUGCUUAUAUGCCCUGCUUUUCCAGUGGGAAAAAAUAACUCACCAGUAGCUUCCAAGUAAACUUUCAUUCAAAUAGCCUUUUGAGGCUGAACCUGAUUAGUUUCAACAGUAGAAUUGUAUCAUGUGCCUUCAAAGCAUUCUUUGAACCACUUAAUUUUUUGACCAGAUACUCAUGUGAAAAACAUACUAGUCUGAUGUUUUUAAAAAGACAUUAGUGCUUUGUAGGCCCAAGGUAAAAAAGAUUAAAUAUGUACCCUUUUUCAAGAAAUGUUUCAACACUUCCACCAUUUACAUUCUGCUUCGUACAUUGGCUCCAUGCAUAUGUCCUAUAUAUAGUGAGUAUAGGAGACAGCUCAUGCACUCUUUCUCAAUGUAUGUAAAGUUCUUAGGGUGAAACAGGAAAUUUUGUUCACGCACAGUUUAGCACAGUCACAUUAUUUUGUAGUACUUGGGAGCAAAUCUUAGGUUCUAUGUAGGGAGCCAAAGUGUGAACCAGAUCUUAGAAUAUUUAACAUUGCAAGUGGGGGAAGAGGCAGAGUGUAGUUAUUCUGACUGUUUAGCUUUGUUUUUGUAAAACAAGUUCAAUUUUAAAAGGAUUUUGAGGAUUGUUCUUUUAUUAAUAUUUAGGAGUUCCAGUUAAACUGGCAAGUUAUUAUAUUUGUCCUGCAAUAAAAUAUAAUAUAUUCCUGGUUAAAGCCAGAUAACUUUAAUCUAUUUGCAGGUAAGUAGAUAUGUGAAAUUGCUUUGUAAAUUUAAGAACAAACUUUUCUUCAUCUAAACUCAUUGAGUACAAUCAGUUAAGCACACCUUACAUUGAGAGCAAUACAUUUUAAGUGCACAGGAGCAUUUGAGGCCCAUGUUCAUUGAAUUUGAGCCCUCUUCAGUUUUAUGGAUUAUGCCUAUUAACAUUUUUUUAGUGGAGGAGUAGCAGUUCACAAAUAUAUUCUAUACAUUUCAGAUUGUUUUAAUCAAGCUUGUUAGUAUUGAUAUGCAGAGUUUUGUGUGUGAUGUAACUCUGCCAUUUUGGAACAUUUAACAGAUAAAAUUCUGCACCACUUAUUCUCCACUGGCCAUCCUAAACAUUCAAGUGAACAGUAUUUGUUUAUUGUGGAGAAGGGUGUUCAGAGGCCUCAUAGAAAAGUAGACUAUCAUACCCACAGGAUAUGCUUGAGUUCCCAUUUUCAUUUUGCAUAUUCAUGCCAUUGAUGAACCAACCCUAUUUCAGUUGUCAGUCUGUUCAAAGUAAUCUAGUGUGUAUCCAAGAUGUGUUGCAGUAUGCACAAUCUACUUGUUUUCCUGCAUGGAUGUUUCAAGUCUUCUCUGAGAUUUUAGUUUUGCAGUAUAAUUUCUAUUUUGCAGUUGGGACCAAACAAAAUAAGGAAAAAUGUAAAAUUGCUCCCCAUUUGUUUCUGAAUAAACUGUUUUCAUUUAAAUAUUUUAAACAACAUUGCUUUCCUAUUUCCACAUAUAUACAUAUGCACUGUAUUUAUAAAUGUUCUGUAACCAUGUAAUUUUAUUGUAAAUACUAUGGUACUGUUCAGUUACUUUCUAUCCUAGGGCAGGCCCUCUUGCUGGAUCUUUUUUACCCAAUUUGUAACAGAACCUAUAGAAUGUAUAACUAAAAUUUCAAUUUUUUAGAUUUAAAAAAAAAACUGCUGUUGCAAUGUGCAAAGCUGUGAUAGAGAAUGAGUUCUUUCAACUUUGUUAAUGCUGUACAUCUGAUAGAGAAUGCAGUGUGAGUGGGUUAAUAGAUGUUGCUGCUGUUAUGCAAGGUACCAAUUAAAUUUUGGCUGCAAAUAACUGGUUUUUGAAAUGAGACGUUUGCUUUACUGCAACCAAAGUAAAGCAAUGUUAAGUCAACAUCUGAUAGUAGAACUUUGGAACAACUUAAAGCUGCAAUCCUAUGCACUCUUACCAGUAAGUAACUGCCAUUGAGCUCAAUGGAGCUUACCUCUGAGUAGACAUAUAUAGGAUUGCACUGCAAGAGACCCUCCUGUGAAAGGCACUAUUCAAAUUUACUUUUAUAUUACAUUUUGUAUAUAUGCCUUUUUUACUGUAAACAUUUGUCUGAUAAACCUACUUUUGUAAAACUGAACUAGCUUGAGAGAAGUGCCUUCACAGACAGUAUAACUAAAUCAUAUUUGCAUAUUUCUGCAUAUAAUAACUAUUUGGUAAUCUGUUAAAUUCUUCGAGUGUCUUAUGGAUUUCUUUCCGCUUUUUAAAUCAGUUUUCUCUAGUGUACUAUUUUCUGAGAUAAUAAAAUUGAAAUUCAAUGAA